CUUGGGAGGAGUUUAUGUGUGUCAGAUUACUUUCUGUUUCAACUCUUUAACAUCACGGUUAAAAAGGAGUAUCAAGUUUAUGCUAUAAGGCUUAUCAAACUGGACAGAAUCAUGGAGGCGAGCUCCACUUUUCAUUACUCUUUUGUGUAUUACCUGUUUACUUGGAUUGGACUGUUUCUUUUCCUGCUGGAUAUAGUAAUGGACAUCCGAACUGUUGUGUCACUUUAUCAGGAGGAAGCUUAUGUGUUUAUGGGGCUGAUGAUCUUCUUUCUAGUGGGCUCCUCAGUGUUAUUACAGGUAUUCAGUUGGAUCUGGUACUCUGAUUCUCUGGAUGAGCUUGAAACUGAGGUGGAGAAAUUUACAAAGGAAAAAAAAUUGAUCAAACCAUUUCACUUUCUGCAGCUUGGGGUCUACCUCAGAUAUGCUGGAGUGAUUGAAAUGUCCACAAAACUUUUUCUUCAGCAAAGAAGAAUUUUCAAAGAGAGUACGUUCCUGAACCUUGACUUUCAGUUGCUUGGUCUAUUUGAGACAUUUACUGAAAGUGCUCCACAACUCAUUCUCAUGGCGACUUUAAUGCUACAAAGAGGAGAGCUUCAGCUUUUCUCAGGAUUAAAAUUCCUCGCAUCAGCUGCUUCAAUUGCCUUUACCCUUGCCAUGUACCACAACGGCAUCCGUGCUAAUUUUGAUGUAAAAUGCUGGACCGCCUCUGCUAUCUAUUUGCUGUGGAACAUUCUAUUGAUCAUUACCCGUGUGGCUGUUCUGGCACUCUUCUGCAGUGUAUUCCCGUGCCACAUCGUUGCUCAUUUUCUAUCUUUGUGGAUGGUGCUGGUGUUUGUGGCCUGGAGACAGAAAACAGAUUUCAUGGAAAGCAGCGGCUGGCAAUGGCUUUUCAAAGCUACAGUUGGACUCAUCUGGUAUUUCAGCUGGUUUAAUAUCUCAGAAAGUAAUACAAAUUUAAACCAUGCUGUUUAUUGUAUCUUCUUGCUGUUAGACAUGAUGAUGCUUUUGGGCUUCUGGAGCUGGAAGGUGACUGAGUAUGCAGGCUCCUGGACCUCUUUAAACCCUACUGUAAUUAUCCCAACAAUACUAGGAUUGUAUAUCAUUGGAAAUCUAGUGAUGAUGAUGAACUACAAAUGGUUUUAUACUAGCUACAAACAGAAAAUAGAAGAACUCAGUAAUAAAAUCAAAGAAGGUAAAAUUAAAAAAGUAAGACCAUUAGGUUAUAGGGCUGAGACAGAAACUGUAGAUAAAGUUCCUGGAGUUCUCCUGCGAAGUAGAACCAUGGCUGCAGAUUUCUACUUUUAGUUUUAAAAUCAACUUUACAAACACUUCCUAUUUCCUGUUGUGUUUCCCCCACCAUUCUUAAACUGUUAUAUACAAUGUACUUAUUCUCAUAGGUAUUACUGCACUCUAAAGGUCGAAAAUAAUUACUGAUAGUGAAUAUCUCAGAAUUGACUAAAUUUUUUACUUUAAAAAAUGUUGUCACACCAGCCAAAAUUUAGUCGCCCUUACUAAGAAUUAUGUGCACCGUUACAAGUUUUAACAGAUUUAUUGCAUUUGAAAUCAACACUAAUCAAAACUAACAAAAAACAAACAAACAAAAUUGGCAUGUGCCCACUGGCCCUGCACGCAACACUUGACACAACUGAGUUAACAGGUGGUGUCGCAGUUGAUAUUGAUAUAUAACUUAUCAUUUGGACACAUCAUCUUAAUAGUAAUAAUGGUCUUUUUAUGAGCUGCAAUAUGUGUACGUUGUGGUGAAAUUUUACAUAUAGCUGGCACUUGCACAGCUAACAGCAUCCUGGCGAUUAAAUAAAGGAUUAAAUAGAACCGCUCGUGCUUAAAAUGUAUAGAUUUAGUGGCAAACACUGUUACAAUACCUGAUCACUAUUCUGAUCGCCUAUCACUAAUUAGAUGUGCCAUUAUUGGUAACUUUAGGUGGUUUCUAAAACAAAAUCUGUCAGUGUUGUUUUCAUUUUCUCAAUUUCGUUCUCAGCACUUUACAUUUUCACGGCUGUUGCUCUAGAGCAGUGCGCUAAUCAGAAGAGCUUUGUGGUUGUCAUUUUAGUUGCCUUAACCAUUCAUGCUAAUGCAGUCUGCUAAUAUUCUUUUAUGUACAAUGCACAUUAUGAACAUUUUUUUCCCUACCUGCUGCUUCCCUUCUGUGGAAUUUUAAUGUACGAGAUUAUUGUAUGUAAUAAAAGUGAAACUAGAAUUUUUCAUGACUGUCAGUGACCACCUGAGGGCGCUGUUGUUCACGGACUCUGAGAUUUAGCUACAGCGCCCAAAAGACUACAAGUCCAUACAUACCACGCGCAUUACACCCGGUCCACGUCAUAUAUAAUAUAUAUAUAUAUAUAUAUAUAUAUAUAUAUAUAUAUAUAUAUAUAUAUAUAUAUAUAUAUAGUCCACGUACACUGAUUGGCCAUCAGCUGUUCCUGUUUCCUUUUAAUUUCCUGGACUGUUUCCUGGGGUUGUUUGUCUUUCUUGUCUCCGUAUUCCAGUCUAGUAUUUCAGUAUUUAGACUUCCAGUCAAGUCUAGUAUUUCGAGUUUUCAUUCCUGAGCCCUGUCUCUGUUUUGUGUUUCUUGUUUUGUUGUUUAUUUGUACUUUGCACUUUGGACACCUUGUUUUUCUGUUUGAUGCACAUUGUAAAUAAACUGCACUUGGAUCCGCACCUUUUUUGUUCCCGUUUGAUCUUACUAACGUGACAGAAUUUAAGUGAAUUGAGUGUUUGAAUUUUGCUUGGUUAUUGUGGCCCAAAAUAAAUGAUUUUGCCCAGUAAAGAACUUGUGUUGUGUUUGAAAACUGCCCUUAUUUGGAAUGGAUACAAUAGCGAUAUGACCAUGAGCUUUAAAACAUGUUUUUGGCAAGCCAGGCUCAUUCACAAUCUUGAUUAA